AUGGCGACAGAAAAGGAGGCCAACGAGCUUAAGCAACAGGGGGCUCUCGAAGCUUCUCGCGACCCCGAAUCUUCUGUUACAUCCGACGACGCCCAAAAGAAGUUAGUUGAGGAGAGCAAAAAUGCUGGCGUAGCUGCUUUCACAUUCGACCCUGAUGCAAGUCCGGAAGAGAAGAGGGCUCAAGCUAGAGCUGCUGUACCCGAUCAUCUGCGUCGCUCACACAAACCAAGAGGAAUAGCAAUUGCUACUGAUGUUGACGAUGGCAACAAAGCCAGUUACGAUCUUCCGACACCCUCGAAGGCCGGUGCCAUUGAAACUCCGAAGGACAAGGAUGGUAACCUAAUUACAGACGGGAAUACCGCAGAAGAGGAGGAAGAUAUAGCUGCCAAGGUUGGAUGGACGCAACAAUUUGGCUGGCCCGUCGAGAGUGUCAUGGAGGGCGAAAGUCUCUUAGACCAUUCGACCUGGUUGGAAAGCAAGGUUCCCGACCAGUACUUCGGAGAAUGGUAUCAUAACGCUGGAGUCAUCGUCUUCGCAUGUCUCUCGUCGUGGUUGAUUGCGGUGCUAGGGGGUGGUCUAGGUUGGGUCAUCAUUAUCAUGACCGCUUGCUCCACCUACUACCGAACGUCCAUUAGACGAGUCCGCAGAAAUUUCCGCGACGACAUCACCCGAGAGAUGGCCUUAAAGAAGCUCGACACUGACCAUGAAUCGCUCGAGUGGAUCAAUUCGUUCCUAGUCAAAUUCUGGCCUAUCUACCAGCCGGUCCUCGCUCAAACUGUUAUCAACUCUGUUGACCAAGUACUGAGCUCUGCAACUCCAUCAUUUCUUGAUAGUCUACGAUUGAAAACUUUCACGCUAGGAUCGAAACCUCCGAGAAUGGAUCAUGUCAAGACUUAUCCUAAGGCGGAAGACGAUACUAUUAUCAUGGAUUGGAAAUUCAGUUUCACUCCAAACGACACUGAGGACAUGACGGCUCGCCAACUGCAAAAUAAGAUCAACCCCAAGGUUGUUCUUGAAAUCCGUAUCGGAAAAGCCAUGAUCAGCAAAGGUCUCGACGUCAUUGUGGAAAACAUGGCUUUCUCUGGUAUCAUGCGUCUUAAGAUCAAGCUCCAAUUUCCAUUCCCGCAUAUCGAGAAAAUUGAGAUGUGCUUCUUAGAGCGUCCGAAGAUCGACUAUGCCUGCAAACCUCUUGGUGGUGAAACUUUUGGUUUUGACAUUAACUUCAUCCCAGGUUUGGAAAGUUUCAUUCAAGAGCAAAUCCAUGGGAACCUGGCUCCGAUGAUGUAUGCGCCGAAUGUUUUCCCUAUUGAAGUCGCGAAGAUGCUUGCUGGUUCCCCUGUUGACCAAGCUAUUGGUGUGGUCGCAGUUACGAUCCAUAGCGCCCAAGGUCUCAAGAACCCUGACAACUUCGCUGGCAAUCCAGAUCCUUAUACCGUGGUUACAUUGAACAAGCGAGCACCACUUGCCCAGACUAAGGUAAUCAAGGACACUCCAAACCCCAGAUGGAGCGAAACGCAUUAUGUUAUCGUUACGUCUUUUAACGAUUCACUCGAUCUCAUUAUAUAUGACUAUAACGAGUUCCGCAAGGACAAGGAGCUUGGUGUAGCGUCUUUCCCCCUUGAACGAGUAGAGGAGCUGGGCGUGUACGAAAACGAGCGUUUGGAGGUCAUUGCGCAUGGAAAAGCUCGUGGUGUGCUCAGCGCUGAUAUCCGCUUUUUCCCGGUUCUCGAAGCUACAGAACAUGAUGGCAAAGAAGAGCCACCCCCGGAAUCUAACACUGGUAUUCUGCGAUACACAGUCGAGCAAGCCAAGGAUCUCGACGGCACCAAGAGCUUGGUCGGCCAACUUAACCCAUACGCUUGCUUGCUACUUAAUGGUAAAGAAGUUCACCACACCAAGGUACUCAAGCGCACCAACAACCCAAUUUGGGACAAUGGGUCUAAGGAAAUUCUUAUCACUGACCGGAAGAAUGCUAAACUGGGUCUUGCCAUCAAAGAUGAUCGUGAAAUUGCCGGCGAUCAGCUCAUCGGCACGUACCAGAUCAGGCUCGAUGAUAUGCUCGAGAUGAUGGAGAAGGGCCACGACUGGUACAAUUUGUCAGGCGCAAAAACCGGUCGCGCAAAGUUAACAGCGCAAUGGAAGCCCGUCGCCCUAUCCGGUGUGUUAGCGGGUACCGGAGGUUACCAAACUCCUAUUGGUGUUAUGCGUCUCCACUUCAAGAGCGCCCGCCAGCUGCGGAACUUCGAAACUAUGGGUAAAUCAGACCCCUAUGUCCGAGUGCUCCUGUCCGGAAUUGAGAAAGGCCGAACGGUAACACAUCGCAACACGCUAAGUCCCGAGUGGGAUGAGGUAAUAUAUGUUCCGAUGCACUCGUCCAGGGAUCGUCUGACACUCGAAGUUAUGGAUGCUGAAAAAAUGGGUAAAGAUCGCAGCUUAGGCUUAGUCGAAGUUUUUGCCGGUGAUUACAUGACGCAAGACGAAACUGGAGAAUACCUCGUUCAUGAUACUAAAACGGUGCAAGAAUGCGGCCUUCGAUUACACGGAAAGGGUAUUGAGAAGGGAACACUCACUUUCACCGUUUCUUUCUAUCCAUGCAUAAACGUAGCAGACCCUGAAGAAGAGGAAGCUGAGGCCAAAGACAAGGAGGCAGGCUCAGAACUACCAAAGCAAUCACUUGAUGUUCCUCGAUCGUCAGAAGCCGGGAAAAUAUCUACACUGGAAAGAAAGGAAAGCACUAGGGAACCGACUACACCGACUUCGCCAAGUAUUCCUCUAUCGCCAGUGUCUCCGAGGUCGACUACGUCGGAACGAAAGUCUCGCGAAGCACCAAGGGAACGUCCCAAGGUUCACCUUACUCCGCAGGAGCUACUCAAAUAUGAAUCUGGUUUCUUAAUCUUCAAGCUACUGGAGGCUGAGAUGCCAAAGAGUGGAACGCACCUUGAGAUAUAUGUUGAUGACAUGUUAUAUCCAUCCUACAUCUCGGGAACAGCCAAAGGCAGAACUUUCAAAUUCGAUGAGAUUGGUGAUUGCUUCAUUCGCGAGCUAGAUUUCUCAAGGUUAACUCUCAAGGUGAGAGAGAAGCGCGAGAAGCCGGGUGAGGAGCGUGAUGAAGAUCACACCGUUGCUCGUUUAACAGGGAACACGUUGGAUACCCUGAAACAAUGCCUGAAUAACCCUACCGUAUUACGACUCAAGGACGAGGAAAACAGAGCUGCCACCAUCAAAGUUAGUUUGAAGUAUAUUCCCGUCAAGAUGCACUUGGACCCCAGCGAGAGCAUCAACAAUAUGGGUAACCUUCGCGUCGAUGUGCUGGAUGCGGCAGAUUUACCUCCAGCAGACUCGAAUGGCAAAAGCGAUCCUUACUGCAAGUUCGAGCUUAACGGACAGGACGUAUUCAAAACCAAAACGCAGAAAAAGACACUCAAUCCUGUCUGGAAUGAGUUCUUUGAGGUUGCUGUACCAUCCCGGACGGCCGCUAAAUUUAAUUGCAAAGUCUACGACUACGACUUUGCCGACAAGCCUGAUUUCUUAGGUGGGGCUGAUAUCAACCUCGAGCAGCUUGACCCAUUCAGGGCUAAGGAACUCAACCUGCUCUUGGAUGGUAAGUCCGGUUCCAUCAGACUACGGUUACUCUUCAGACCCGAUUAUGUUACUCGUUCGCGGUUGGGCACUGGCACUUUCUCAGGCACGUUCGGUGGCCCUGGCAGAAUUGUGACCGGCGUCGUCGGCGCUCCGGUCAAAGGCGGUGUCGCAGUAGCCGGCGUCGUCGGCCACGGGGUUGGUAAAGGCGCCAGUUUUAUCAAACGUGGAUUCAGAGGCAAGAAGGACGAGGAAGGCAAUGGCUUAGUCAUAACGCCGAGUAGUUCCGAUGUGCCCACGAUCAUAACAAACAGCCCAGAUGCUCCCGCACCCUCCGGCCUCAGAAGGGCUACGGGCUUGAGCGUUGAUGGUGAAGCUCCUCGCCCUGUGACUCCUAAUAACAAGAGCCAUGGACGUAAUCCUAGUAUGGGUGGAGUAUCCAUCCACAGUUUGGCCCCGGGUAGUGCUGGCGCCGGAACAGCCACCUUCACGGUGGUUUCUGCGUCGGGAUACCCCGCAUCGUCGGAUAUUUAUGUCCUGAUCAAACAGCUAACACCCAAGGAGAGAACUAUUGGCAAGACGAAACACCAUGAGUCCCCUGGGACCGUACGGUUUGACGAAACAUUUAAGCACACCUGCACCGCGGAAACGCAGUUCCGUGUUGAGGUCAAGAAUCACCAUACUUUUGGCAGUGAUGAUGAUUUAGGCGAGGCGCUAUACUUUGUUGAUGAAAGUGGAGGCGGCGAAAAAGAGAUUAAAGUCGGCAGUGGAACAGUGGUCCUAAAAAGUUCAUUUGUGGAAACGAACACAGAAAGCCCCAGGAGUGUAACUUCGAGUGGCCUGCGGAGGAGUUUCUUAAGCAAAAAGGAGACAAGAACCAGCCGAGAGGGAACACCUACAUAA